AUGACGCUGGGCAACCAACGAUCGGCGGGAACGAGAGCCAUUUUACGAGAACUUCCAGCACCAAUGCUAGCACCUUUGGGCCCUCUGAAGGCCACAGCAAAGAUCAGGGCUAGAGUCAAGGCCAGGACACCGUUGGCGGCUCAAGUGGAGGAUCCAGUCCCAGUCGUCAAUCACGGCAUCCACCACGACGUCGAUGGUGAAGAAGAGCGACUCGAGGACGAAAAUGUGAACAACAGCAACAGGCGAGGGAGAUCCAACACAACAUCCUCUUUCUGGACCACGGCUUCGUCGUCGAGCUCGAUACGUGCCAUCCGGCGCAGCGAGAGCAGCCACCCUAAUCCUCACCACGAAAAUAUCGACGAAGCUGCGAGUUUCUCGAUCGAAGCACCCAUCGAAGCCGAAAUUGUUGCAGCCACAGAGAGUGCGUCAGGCACAGGGCCAGUAGGGCCAAGCGCUGGUUCCACCACUACUGGUACCACUACCGCAGCCUCGGCGUCAUCGGUGUCAUUCGCGGGAGCUUUACCCAGAAGAGGGCCUAGAAGGGCUCAUCAGCCCACGGAAGCCACAGACUCUGGGCCAAGAUCGGCAUCUUCAGCAUCAGCUUCAUCAGCAGCGGCCAGUGCACCACCACCACUGGCACCAGUGCCACCGGUAUCGAAUGGCGGCGGGAGAACAGCCGGAGUGGACCAUCAUCAGAGGGACCCGCGGCUGAUAACACCACUCUGCCGGCAUCUUCUCAGCCUGGGUGCAGCCAUUCCCGCCCAGAGCACCCACUGGAUGCCCGCCAGUGCCACCCAGCACGCAACCUGCCAUGCCUCCCCUACCCACUCUUUGGACCCUCCCGUCCAAUAA